AUGGAACUGAUUAAAGAGGAGAUUAAAAAAAAGAAACAUAAAAAGAAAAUGGGAAGACGUUAUAGUUAUAAUGAUAAUAUAGAGGAAUUGAGAAAGCUUAAAAAGAUUCUGUUAAACUUAGAUGUACUUAUCGAUGUGUCCAAAAUUGUUAUUCAAAAGAAUGAAAAUUUUGAUAUGGAGUUAUUAAAUAAUGUAAAUGAUAGGUUUGUUGAAAAAAUAUAUUAUUUAUUAAAGGAUAAAAAAAAGAAUACUCUACCUGAAGAAGAAUUAGUUGAAUUCAUAUUUUUAUUAUUAAAAGAAAGAAAUGAAUAUAAUAAUUUAGAAAAAAAAAAAAAAUAUAUAUAUAUUAAUGUACAAAAAAAUUUAACAAAUUGUCCUAUAAAAAAUGAAGUAACUACACUUAUUCAAAAAAUUAAUAAAUUCUAUUAUUAUUUUAAAGAAUUUUUAUUAAAAGAAAAAUAUAAUAUAAAAGACGACGAGAAUAAAAAUUAUCAUGAUAAUAAGGAUGAUACUAAUAAUUAUAAUAAUAUUCCAGAAAAUUGUAAAAACCAAUCGAAACAUAAUCAGGACUAUUUAAAUUAUCAUGAAGAUAAUAUAAUUAAUAUUCAUGUAAAUGAUUUAAGAUGUAAUAACAAUGAUAAUAAUAAAGAAUCUUUAUUUUGUAAUAAGGAAAUAAUAAAAAAUAAUAAACAAAGAAAUAAUUUCCAAGGAAAAGAAAAAAAAAAUACAAAAGAUGAAGUAGCUACUACAAUACAUAAUAUUCUUUCUUGUAAGGAUAUAUCAUCCAAUCAAUUUAAUAAUUAUAAUAAUACAUUACAAACAAAUGAUUAUAAUAAGGACUUCUUAUACAAGGAUGUUCUUAUGGAUAUUAUGAGCAGUGAGAGUGAAAAAAAUAUUGCAUCAGAAAAAAAUAUUACGUGUGAAAAAAAUAUUACGUGUGAAAAAAAUAUUACGUGUGAAAAAAAUAUUACGUGUGAAAAAAAUAUUGAGUGUAAAAAAAAUAUUACGUGUGAAAAAAAUAUUACGUGUGAAAAAAAUAUUGCGUCUGAAAAAAAUAUUGCGUGUGAAAAAAAUUUUAUUAUAUCCAAAUGGAAAGACAAUCGACAAACCUUUUGUGAGGACAAGAUUAGUGUUUCUUCAAACGAUAUAGAACCUUUAAUAUCUUCAAAUAGUAAGUAUAUCAUGAGAGAUAAACAUACAUAUGUUCCUGAUAAAAAAUUAUUAUCUGAAGAAGAGAAUAAGAAACAUCAAAAGGAACAUUACCAUUUAACAAAAGAUAUAAAACAUAAUGAUAUUGCUCAUGUUACUAACAAUGACAGUAUCAAUAAUUAUUUAUAUAAUAAAUAUUAUAUUAAUGACGACAAUAAAAUAAAGCAUAACGAUAGUAAUCUUAAUCAUAAUAAAAAUGAAGUUAUUAAAAAGGUUGAUAUCGAAAAUAUACAUAUGAUUAAUGGAUAUGAUCCUAAUGAAGAUAUAUUAUUGAAUAAUAACAAAAGGAUUUCAAAUGAAAAAUUAUGUGUUCCAAGAACGAAGGAUAAUGAAAUUUUAAAAAAUAAGGAACUAAAUAAUUAUCUAGGUGAAGCUUAUAAUGAUUGUAUAAAUGAAGAGACAUACAAAAAUAUGAAACAUGAAAAUUGUGAUGAAAAAAAAAAAAAAACAAAUUUUCAAAAUGUAAAUAGUAAUUUUAAAGAGCAACAUCUUUUAUUUUGUAAUAAUUUGCAAGAACAAAUGAAAUAUAGAUCUGAUAAAAAUUUAAAAUAUGAUGAAAAAUUAUAUAAUAAUAAUAUUAAUAAUAAUAAUAAUACAAAUGAAGAAAAAAAUAUUGUAAAACCAAAUAAUCAACAUCAUAUACAUAAUAACCUUUUACAUAAUAUUAAUAAUAAACAUAUUCAUUUAAACACUAUUACUCUUUCAAAUAGCUUACCUCAAAAGAAUGAUUACCAAACAAAUAAAUUUAUACAUAAAAAUGACAUAAACGAAUUCAAAAAUUUAACAAUAAAUAAUUUUCAAAAGAAAGAAAAGGAAUUAACUGCUCAUAAUCAUAAGAAUACUAUUAAAAGUAAUAUAAAUAAUAUUCAUAUGAAAAAUUCUGGGGAUACUGAAGAAGUUCCAGACAAUAAUCCAAGUUUUUUUUUUAAUACUAAUCAAAUAGAAAAUGAAAAAAAAAAAAAAAAAAUAAAUAAUAAUAAUAAUAAUAAUAUCAAAACAUAUAUAGCUAAUUUCAAUAUAAUUCAUAAGAAUAACCUGAACGAGUCAGGUAAAAAUAUGGAACAUAAUAUAGCUAGCCAAGAAGAGAAUAUUUUAUUUGAAAAUAAGAAUAAUGAUAUGGAAGAAUUAUAUAGAGAACAUUCCAGAGAAUUAUUGGAGGAAAAUAUAAUAAAUAAGAUAGGAAAUAAUACGAAAAAGAAGAAAGAAUAUGAUGAAUGCACAAUAAAUCCAUGUAUUGAUAAUGUUGUCUAUAAUUUACAUGAUAAUAUAAAUGGAGAAAAAAAGGAUGAAAAUAAUAUGGAAUAUUUUUUAAAAAGGGAAGAUGAAAGUUUAAAAGAUUUUGAUAUGAUAUUAUAUAAUAAUAGGAAGGAAAAUUCUGAAAGUGAAGAAGAUAAAUCCAUUGAGAAUAUUAAAAUGUUGGGAACUGAGUCAUUUUAUGAAGAUGAAAAUAAUGAUGAGGACAUAAAACAUUUUGAUGAAAAUUUAACAUAUGAACAGAGGAAAAUAAGUGAUGAUAAUUAUGGAUACAUGCACUAUAUAGACGUGGAAGUUGAUGAUUAUGAAAAUGUAAGAAAUAAAAAUGAGGAUAGUAGCAAUAUUUAUGAUGAUGAAGAAAUAUAUAAUCAAAAGGAAGAACAUGAUGGAAAAAAAAUAUUUUUAAACAGAUCAGAAAAAAAUGCAAUAAACAAUUUAUAUAAAACUUAUGAGAUGACACAAGGUGAUAACGAUGAUAUGGAUGAUAAUUAUUAUUUGUAUGAUGAAAAUAAAAAGGGAGCUACAAAAAAUAUCCUUUGUGAAUUUAAUAAAGAGGGUAAAAAAGGUAUAGUGAAUAAAUUUAAUAGGGACAUAUUACAAAAAAUUGAGAAAAACGAUGACAAUAAUGAUAAUAAUAAUGAUAAUAAUAAUGAUAAUGAUAAUAAUAAUGAUAAUAAUAAUGAUAAUGAUAAUAAUAAUGAUAAUGAUAAUAAUAAUGAUAAUGAUAAUAAUAAUGAUAAUAAUAAUGAUAAUAUUCAUAAUAAUAUUCAUAAUAAUAUUCAUAAUAAGUUUAUGAAUACACGAAACGAUAAUUAUAUAAAAAAUAAUACAUAUUUAAAUAAGGCGAAUCCAAACAUAUUUAAUGAAAAUACAACAAAUUAUAACCAGAAAGAAAACAGUUUUAAUCAAAGUGAUUUUUUACUCUUAAAAAAAAAAGAGCAGGGAAAUAGUAGACUGAAGAAGUGGCUAUGUAAAAUUAAUGCGAGAGAAAAAGAAAAAGAAAAAAAACUUCAGCAGAAAAAAAAUGAAUCAUAUGAUAGAGAAUUAAAAAAUUGUACUUUUCAUCCUACAUUAAAUAAUAACAGAAUAAAAAGGGAAGGUACCAUAAAAGAAAUGGAUGAUACUUAUGAUGAUGAUAAUAAAAAUUUGAGUGAAAAUUAUGAUUGUUAUAAUAAAUAUGUUAAUAAUACUUAUUAUGGUGAUAAUAACAAAGAUUGUUAUAAUUAUGAUCAAGAAAAAAUAUAUGAUUUCAAUAAUAAUUCCUAUUACAAGAAUAAGGAACAAAACCACUCCUUUCACCAUUUUAAUAUAGAUAAAAAAAGAAACGAUAAUAAAAAUAUGAAAAAAAAAAUUAAUCGAAAUAAAAUACUUUAUUUGAAAGGUUUGAAAAGUAAGGAAUUAUUAUUACAAAAAAAAAUAGAUUACCAAAAUGAAGAAGAAAAAAAAUUUAAAAAAGAAUGUAUAUUUCAUCCUUCUAUAAAGGAUAAUGUAAAAAUAUUCCUUUCUGAUUUACCAAAUGGAUAUAACAAAACAGUGGACAGAAUAAAAAGAGGUGUCGAAGAAAAAAAAAGAAUAAAUAAUUUUUUACAAUAUAGAAUACCACAUAUGAAUAACAAUGCAAAUAUCCAAAACGAAAAAAAAAAUGAAGGAAAACAAAAUAAUAAGAAGAAAAAUAAUAAUAUACCUCAACCAUUUAGUUUUGAUAAAGGACAAUAUAAAGUAAAAAUCAAACCAGUUUUUUUUGAAAGAAAAAUAAAAAUCUCAGAAAAUAAAAUAGCUUGUCUAGCUGUUCGUGAGGAUGAGGAUCCCUUAUAUAUUGUUGAUAUUUUUUGUAAAAUACAUGCACUUAAAAAUGAAAAUAAACAAAUAUUAUAUGACUACAUACUUGACGAAUUGAAGCAAGAGUCCUUCGAAAAAUAA